AUGAAUUCCGACGAAGCUGCUCUACACGCUUCAGUCACUUCCUUGGACGUGAAUAAUGAGGAGGUGGAUUUAAACGGUGUUAGUCAUACGUGUUUCCCGGAUAGCAGACUAGAGGCUAAGCUGGAUAUGAGUCGAUUGUCGACAAUUUCUAAGUUGAUGAGUCACUUUUUGUCUGCGGGUCGAGGAGGAGAUAUAAAGGGAGAAGGAGACGUGAAGGAGGGGUUUGGUGUGGGUUCUGUACGUCGAACUGAUCUUCGGUCAGAGUCCGCUAGAGAUGGUCGUCGAGUACUGGUUUCUUGUGAGGAUAGUGAGGAUGUGAUUAAGCAGGAGGUUGAAGACUUCUAUCGCGCGAGUAGUCAGAUGAAGUUUGAUCCGAAGAGCUGUGGAGUUUCGGUCACUUCGAGCAUAUCUAAUGAUGUGAAUCUGCAAAUUACUUCGGCUAGUUCGUCGGUUGGUGAUAUGGAAGGAGAUCUUAUUGAUCUGUAUGAGGAUAGUCCUUCGCGUCACAUCGAUUAUUGUUCUAUAUCUAACAUGGGGAAUCAUCGAGCACGGAAAUCUUCAUUUCUCAAACAGAACACUCCUGCACAGUUGAGAGCUUUGCCUCCUCCUAGUCAAACCCAUCAAAAUCCACCUCCAUCCAUGAUAUUCACGUCUAAACUCCCAAUCCCCAAGCACGAAAUAUUCCUCCACAACCUCCCACCAAAAGAUGCUUCAGUGAAGCAAGUCCGCGCCUGGAUCACAAGUUGGUUUUCCGGUCGCGACAUAUCAUUUGAUGUUCCGUGGGAAGGCGCAAAUAUCAAUAUCCAACAAUACAUCGAGUGUAUUUCCUGGAGUGGAGAAGACUAG